AUGGACAGCGCUCUCGAUCUCUUAUCAUCGUUGGUUAUGGUUUCUUGCAGUCUCUUUGGUUUGAUUUGUUCGCUGACUUUCAUUAUCAUUGUUGUUACUAACCGUUCACUUCAAACAGUCACCAUCAUGCUCGCCUUCAACUCCGCUAUUGCUGGUUUUAUCAUCAAUGUCACUAGCGGAUGUCAAGCAAUCUACCAAAUCAUAUCUGAUGGCAACGACCAAUUCUGUUCAUUUCGCGGCUUUCUUCUUCAUGCGGCAACUGGUCUUCUAUAUCAUACGUUAUGUGUUCAAGCACUUCGAAGUCUGUUUGUUGUUGUGUUCUCAGCACAACGCUCUCUGCAAUCAAAGCCAAUAAUUGCUUCUAUCACGAUUGUUCAAUGGUUGGUUUCGAUCACGUUUGCAAUUCCCUCUCUGGUACUAGGUAGAAUUGUUUAUCAGGCAGGUAGUCGUAUCUGUCAGGCGUCACUGAACGACCUGGUUAUUUUCUUAUACCUGUCGUUUUUCAUUUAUUUCGGCCCAGUGGCUUUUAUUCUCUCGAUUUAUGCCCGAAUUGUAUAUUUCGCGAAACAUCGCCCUUUUUCAGUCAAUGUACAAACUCGAAUAGCGGAUGAACGUCGACAACGUCGUGAAGUUCGAUUCGUUCGUCGACUUCUGAUUAUCGCUAUGGUCACCGGCUGUAUGAGUUGUCCAUAUAUACUCUUCUUUCUUCGUACUCAAAUUUUCUCAAAUGCCGAGCGCUUACCCUACGCACAACGAGUUAGUUUCAUCUUUCUUUCAUUUGGAUACGCUAUAUGGAUGUUAGUGAAUCUGACAUACACGGAUGAAGUAAGAAAGCAUCUAUUCAGCAAGAUACAAUGUAUUUUACCACAGUUAAAACGUGGACGGGUGGAGCCUGGAACGACCACGUAUACUAAUACGCGCGUCAUGCCGUAA